CUCCCUUUCCCUGCCUUUAGCUUUUUUUCCCUCCCUCCCUCUCCUCUCUCCCUCCUGAGUCCCUAUUCUUUGCCAAAUUGAUCACCUCAAACCUUUGAGAAACUUCUCUUUUAAUUGGUUGGUCUUGUCCUCUUUCUCCAUCCAGAUCACUUGGAGCACUUGUUGUCUAGGCCUUGAAGAGAUUGCUAGCUUUGGAGGAAAGAUAGGAGGAAGGGUAGGGGAGAGAGGUGGGAGAGAUUGAGAGGAGAUAAGGCUUCUCUAGAGGCGAGCAUGACUCCACCAAAUUUAUCAGGGCAGUUUGGAGACACCACUUACACCAAAGUCUUUGUUGGGGGGUUAGCUUGGGAGACCCAAAGAGAGACCAUGAGAAAGUAUUUUGAGCAGUUUGGAGAGAUCUUGGAGGCUGUGGUGAUCACGGACAAGAACACUGGGAGAUCCAAAGGAUAUGGAUUUGUAACCUUUCGUGAGCCCGAGGCUGCAAUGAGAGCUUGUGUUGAUCCCACACCGGUGAUUGAUGGGAGGAGAGCUAAUUGCAAUCUUGCUUCUCUAGGUGUUCAGAGAUCUAGGCCUACAACGCCCCAACAUGGGGGGAGCAGGAGGUCUAGGGUGAUGAAAUCUUUCAAUACAGGGCUUCAAGGUGGGAUGGGAACGGUCUUCCCUUCUCCUGCCACCUUCCCUCAUUAUGCCAUCCACCUUGGCUUAACCAUGGUUCUGUUAUCUCAUUUCCAUCAUCCUUCUCUUUUCUUCUGCGCAUGCUCCUUCCCUGUGCUUGUCAAUCCUUGUUUGCAUCUCUAACACAAACUUUGGACCUUAGGGUCAUCCCUUCAAAUUUAGUCCCCAUGGGGGCUAAAUGAAACCACUUUCCAGUUUGGAGAAAUUUUCCAAGUCCCACUUUGUUUGUGUGGUGGCUGGAGAAUUCCCAUAUUGCAUGCUUUAGCCCUAUGGAUGGGCUCAAAGCACCUACACCCCAGGGUGGGGUUGUUUUUUAAUGACACCAUUCACCAGCUAUGGCACUCCAUGUGCAGGAAACCUUCUAACCCUAGCUCCAGGAGGACUUUUGAGUUUAAAAAAAAACAAUUGGACUCAACCCCAGCCCAAGGAGGCUCUGGGAUAAGGAAGACUUGGACAGGGAAGCCUAGCCCGAGGAGGGCUUAGCUAACACCAACCCAACUUGGACUCAAAAUUGUAAAACAAUAACCUAAUAAGCAAGUGUGAUAUCAUCAUCAAAUGGGUCAAAUCCCUCAAGAAGGAAAGAUGCAUUUGGCCAAACCCUAGGGCACAGGCAAGCCCUAGUCUAUCCUAGCCCUAAUCUUAGCCUUGGACAGGCUGAAGUAAUUCUUAACCUUGUGAGUUAUGACCCUUCUCCAACCAUCAAAACCUACUUCCUCACUCAACCUACCAACUUUUCUAAUCUUUGCAUAUAAAAAUAUAGUGCAACCAGCCACUCGCUUACCUAGGCAAAGGUAAGAUGCCUUCACUAACCCUCUUUGUUACCAAUUCUGUACAUUCAAGUGGUUAGACUCCAAGGGGAGUUACUAGCCUUAAUCCAAGAUGGGAUCAGAGGAGGGCUAAUGUUUGUUUUUGGCAUUUAGCCCUACCUCCUGCCACCAACUUCAGAUGAACUUCAUUGAUGGCUUUGAAGUUCCAACUACCCCUAACUGUUCCUCAUUAACAAGACCUCAGGGAGAUAUUUUUGGUCUCUUGGGUCCCACCUCCUCUAACAUCUCCAGCACUACCAUGGUUAGAUCCAACAGUCAUCUAUCUCCAUCUGUCUCAAUCUGUCCGCUACCUGUCCUUCUCUCUCUCUCUCGGCCGCUCUUUGUUUACAUUAAGAGACUUUGAUGCUUUUAUGUGUACUGUUAUAAGACAUGGAUUGUAAUAAGCAAGCAUGCUACUCUAGGACCAACUGAUGUUAUCUAUAUUCCAAGCGACAUGAUAAUGGACUUAGCUGAUAUUGCUGUAGUUUAAAGCUC